CGGACCUCUCGUCUCUCCUCUGUCUAACUUAAAUUUAUUUUUAUUAUUUAACCGCUUUUUCACUUACCACUUAACAGUACUGCACUUUCCUUGACAACGACGUCUUCAUUCAUCACCACCCGUUUUAUGAUUCAUCUUUCCCAUGCUCUGACGUUCGCGAUUAUUUAUAUAAAACUUCUUUAUUCUCAAUGUUGACUUACACGAAUACAACAAGAAUAUUAAUAAAAAAAAAUAAAAAACAACAAGACCAAGAAGAAAAUGAACAAGAACAUGAAGAAGGGGAAAAUUAUCAACCUUGAAAUAUACCCAAGAAAUUAUUAAUAGCAAACGGUGCAACUCCACGAAAACUUCGCCCACUAUUUUAUUUUUUUUCAAUCAACUCUUGAGUUUUUUUUUUUAAAAACUCAGUAGUUAUUCCUCCAGUGGUUGUGAAUUACGAAGCUCAUUUAUUACCAGCGAUAAUUAUUUCAAAUAAAAUUAAUUACUGAUAAAAAAUAAUCUCAAUUCAAAUCCCAGAUCUCUAUUUAUAAAAUAAUAUUUAUUAUAAUAACCACUUGUUAAAUUACACUUAAAUAUUUCACAAUAUUUUAUAAUAUAAAUCUAAAUUGUCUACAUAUAUUUAUAUAUAUUUAUCUAUCUUAAAUAUAUUAUUUAUUAAACGUAAUUUGACUUCACUUGUAUGUUGUGAGAGGACGCAUUAUUCGUUGCUUGUAGAUCUUACGUCUUAAACUCAACCGGUAUUUUUAGUACCCACAGUAUUUGGCGCGACGCUCUUCGUACGUACGUACAUUUUAUUUCUCCGUCGAAAAAUUUUAUUUUAUAAAUUAUAAUCCAUUAAAUAAUUAAAUAAAAUCAUCAGUAAACCGGCAAUCGAUUCCGCGAUAAUUCAAAAUUCAAAAUAUUCCCGCGGUUUUUUAAAUUUUCAAAUUUUAAAUAUGCUGAGCACUUCUUAAAUACAUUGAUAUAUAUAUACAUAUAUAUACAUAAUUUAAAUUGAUAAAAAAAAAUAUCUAUCUGUCAAUCAUCGGCGGGAAGAUCAAAUAAAAAAAUGUUCGCUUUCGCAAUGCGGGAUAAUAUGUCGACAAGUCGUCAAAAUUCGUCAACCAACCGACGUAAUCGAUACACACGUUCAUCGACAAGUGUAACACAAUUAUUAAGUGACUCGUGUUCAAGUUUAAUUCAAAGAUUGACGACACGAGUCCGUGUUCCACAUCAUGAUAAACCAUCAAGACAUUCACCUGUAAACCGUGACCUUGCUGUUCAUCAAAAUCUAAAUCUAAAUAAUAAUAGUCGUCGUCGUAGCAAUAGCAAUAAUAAUAAUAAUAAUAGUAAUAAUAGUAAUAAUAAUAAUAAUAACAAUAAUAAUAAUAAUAAUAAUAAUAAUACAAGAUCACGGUUAGAGGAUAAAUACUCAUCGAUACUUGAUCGCUACACCAAAAGACGUAACGAUGAUGAAAUAAAUUAUAAGCGACGUAUUUUACAUCGUGACAGUCCAUUUGUACAUGAUGAUAAAACAUUUGAAUCCGAAUUACCCCGUGGUAUUGCUAAAAGUGCAACAACGUCGAGUGUUUUUUUAACGGAAAAAGCGUAUCCUUAUGUCAGUUCAUUGAGACGUGAUAAGACACCAGGUGUUAAAGAUAAAGAACGAGAUAAAAUAAAUAAAGACACGAUGGCUGAUUACCGUCACUACGGAAGACAUAAAUCAGGACACGCUGAGACGAGGAACAGAAAAAUUAGACCGAGUAGACACGGGAAAAGUGAACAAAUCGAUGGCUCGAGAUUGAAAGGACGGUUGUCUAAAGAUGAUAAUUAUCCUGAUAAAAUUGUAUCCAAAAAAAUUGUUGAUAAUACUGAUAGUACUGGUAUUGUUCCUGCUCUUGUUUCUGUUCCUACUCCUGCUCUUGCUCCUGUUCUUGGUCUUGUGCCCGUGUCUGAUCCUGGUCAUGCUCCUGCUCCAGUUCCAGUUCCAGCUCCAGCUCUAGCUUUAGUUCCUGUUUCUGCUGGUAAUGGAGCAAAUGUUAACGUGGAAUUACUAUUGAAAGAAAGAGAACUGAAGAGAAGAGAAAUUCAAAAACUUAUUUUGAAAUACACGGCGUACGAUGAUGCUUACGCUCAAACAAAACUCGAUGCUGCUAAAGUUAAACCAACGGCUACUGAAUUGAUAGCCAGUAAAUAUCAGAAGAAUAAUUCCGAGUCGGAAAAAAAUAGUGUUAUUGAAACAAUUGUAGAAAAAUCUAAGACUAUUAGCCCACGACCGCCUUCCGUCGAGGACGAUGAAGACGGCCACCUUGUUUACCAAUCUGGCGACGUCCUGGCAAAUAGAUAUAAAGUUCUGGCCACCCUUGGAGAGGGUACUUUUGGAAAAGUUGUCAAGGUUAAGGAUUUACAAAUGGAUCACGUAAUGGCAUUAAAAAUUAUAAAAAAUGUUGAAAAAUAUCGUGAAGCUGCUAAACUUGAAAUAAAUGCACUUGAAAAAAUAGCCGCCAAAGAUCCUGAUGGCCAACAUUUAUGUGUAAAAAUGUUGGACUGGUUCAAUUAUCACGGUCAUAUGUGCAUUGCAUUUGAAAUGCUCGGACUCAGUGUAUUUGAUUUUUUGAGAGACAAUAAUUAUCAACCAUACCCAUUAGAUCAUGUCAGACAUAUGGGAUAUCAACUCUGUUAUGCAGUUAAAUUUCUUCAUGACACGAAACUUACACAUACUGAUUUAAAACCAGAGAAUAUACUUUUCGUUGACUCAGAGUACGAAGUAACGUACAAUUCUAAAAAGCGAAUUCUGUUUAAGCGGAGAGACGUAAGACGUGUCAAGAGGACAGAUAUAAGGUUGAUAGAUUUUGGCAGUGCGACCUUCGAUAACGAGCAUCACAGUACGAUCGUCAGCACGCGACAUUACAGAGCGCCUGAAGUUAUUCUCGAACUCGGGUGGUCACAACCGUGCGACGUAUGGUCCAUUGGUUGUAUAUUAUUUGAAUUAUAUUUGGGUAUUACAUUAUUUCAAACACAUGACAAUCGUGAGCAUCUCGCUAUGAUGGAACGUAUAUUGGGCACAAUACCUCACCGUAUGGCUAGAAAAACAAAAACUAAAUACUUUUAUCAUGGGAAAUUGGAGUGGGAUGAUAAGAGUUCUGCUGGCAGAUACGUAAGAGAUAAUUGUAAACCAUUACAUCGCUACAUGUUAUCUGAAGAAGAAGAACACCGUCAACUAUUUGAUUUAAUUCAACGUAUGUUAGAUUACGAGCCAUCAGAACGAAUUACACUAAAAGAUGCGCUGCUGCAUCCUUUUUUCGAUGCUCUGCCGGCCUCCCAGAGAAUCUCUGACGCGAAGGCCGGCGGUGAUGCUCAACAGACUCCUCACGAACGAUCACAUUCGCUUUCACGAUGAAAUUAAUAUUCGGGACCCGAUGUCCCUACGGAUAAAUAUUUACUAUUUUUAAAACUGUUACUGUUCUGACACGCGCUCUGAUGUACCGCGACUGUGAGUUUGAAUUUCAAAAGUCACGAUUGUGAUUCGGAUUUAAAUGCGUUGUGUCCCAACAGUUAAUGCUUGUAAAAUGUUUUCUAAAAUGUGGCGAUGAGGAGAUUGGGAGAAGAGAGUUUAGAUAAUUAAUUAAAAGUGAAAGUGAAGAUAAAGUUUAUGAGAUUAAGAAAAUAUUUUAUAACGACUAUUUUUUUUUCUGUACAUUAAUUCCUCCCUUAUUUUAUUAUAAAAAAUAACGCUUUGAAUAAAAUGAUAUAAAUUAUAAUUAAGAGAGAAAAAGAGAAUAAGGGAUUUAAUUUUCAUGCAGAAAUAAAAAGAGAUGUAGAUUUAAUUAAUUAAUUAUUUUAGUUUGUUGUAAAUUGUUUAAUUAAGAGACAAGUACGCAUGAAUGUGAAUUAAGUAAUAAGCUCGUUAAUUAAAUGAGACAAUUUUAAAAUCAUUAAAAUGAUAAUUAUUGAUUAUUAAUUAUUAAUUAUUAUAAAUUAGUUUAUUAAGAUUUGAAUUUUGCACACAUAGAUGUCGGAGGUUAAAUUAAUUAUUAAUAUUAUUAAUUAUAUUUCGGAUACACAUGAAUUUAUUUAUUAAAUUAAUGAGUUAUUUUUAUUAAUGUGUAUGUAAGUGUUGACUUAAAUUUAAUAAGUAAUUUAAGUGACUUGAUAAUUGAUAAUUUAUCGUUACUUUACAAAGAUUGUAUUUUAACACAUGUCUGUUUGUAAAUACUUGAAAAAAAAAUUGAUAAGUUGUAGCGAUAUUCAGAAAUUAAAAAAAAAAAUAAUAAAAAAGUAACUGACAUCGAGUGUAAUUGUAUUAAAUAAAAAAUUGUCUUUAAUUGUAAUCGUUUUUUUUAAAUUUUCUUUUGCCUUUUUUUUAAUUUUAUGUUUCCAAAUCAAUACAAAGAUCCGGGUUCGAAUCCCGCUAGUGGGUUUUUUCGAAAUCGUCUCUGAGAGGGAAGCUAGUCUGAGAUACAAAAAAAAGAGCAUAUUGUGAUUUUUUUUUUUUUCAGAGUACCUUCGUUAUUAAAAAUCUUUAAAUUUGUGACAUUAUUGAGCAUCCUUCCAAGAAUAUUCUGAUAAAUUUUCAUAAAAAAAUAUUGAAAAAUAAGCCAGUGGUAGUGGGGAGAGACGAGUCACUUAAAAAAAAAGCCUCUAUGCCGUAGGCAGGAUACUCAUGACUGCCUCAUCUGAAUCAAAAAAACCAAAAAAAUUUCUUUAGUACACAAGUUUAUCUUAGAUUUGAACGAAGGAUUCUUUUUUUCAAUGACUACUUAUUUUUUAAAUAAACAAAAGGAAGAAUUUUUGGGAAAAAUCAGAAUUUUUUUAUUGUACUUUUACCAAAAAUUCAAAAAUGAAUAUUUUGUUUAUUCCUUCAUUUACAUCCAAGAUAAACUUAUGUACUUAGAAAAUCUUUUUGGUUUUUUGAUUUUAGAUGAGGUAGUCAUGGGUUAUCCUGCCUACGGCACGGAAACUUUUUUAAGGUGACUCGUCUCUCCCCACUAUCAUUGGCUUAUUUUUCAAUAUUUUUUUAUGAAAAUUUAUCAGAAUAUUCUUGGGAUUAUGCUUAAUAAUGUCACGAAUUUUAAGAAUUUUUAUAACGAAGGUACUCUGAAAAAAAAUCACGAAAAUAUCCUCUUUUUUUAUAUCAUUCCAAGAAUAUUCUGCUAAAUUUUUAUAAAAAAAUAUUGAAAAAUAAGUCAGUGGUAGUGGGGAGAGACGAGUCACCUCAAAAAAAAGUCUCCAUGCCGUAGGCAAUAUAACUCAUGACUGCCUCAUCUGAAAUCAAAAAACCAAAAAGAUUUUCUAAGUACAUAAGUUUAUCUUAGAUUCGAACGAAGGAUUUUUUUUUUUUUU